AUGGACACUUCACAAGAGCCCCCCCCCGACACCGCUGAGCUGCAAAGCAGAGCAAACACUUACAUCGAGACUCCCUUGGAAACAAAGCCUGCUCCUGAGCUGGAUCCAGAGCCCUCUGACGUGGGCACUUCAGAAGGGGCAGUAGAAUCCAUGGGACCUGACACUAGGACGCUUCAUGAGACAAGGGAACCACCCUCAUCAAAUGCCCCUUCAGAAGCCCCUGCCAUAGAGCCCAACAAGCUAGCUCAGGAAGGAAGGUCUCAAAACCUCCCAUCAACAGAGGAUCUCCAGUCGAUUGCUGCUCGGCUGAUAGUGUUUGGGUUCACAGGCAAAGGGCCCACUCUGAACAAGCACGCCAAGAACAUGAUUGCUCGGGGCGCGGGCGGCGUGAUCCUGUUCUCGCGCAACUUUGCGGACCCCCCCCAGGUCGCGGAGCUGGCUGCCAACCUGAAGCGCGAGGCGGGCAGCCGGCCGCUGCUCGUCAUGGUCGACCAGGAGGGGGGGCGCGUGCAGAGACUGGGCCCGCCCUUCACUGUCGUCCCCCCAGCAAGAACAAUUGGGGCUGCGGGGGAUCCCUCUACAGCCGAAGCGGCAGGGAGAGUCCUAGGCAAAGAGCUGCGCGCGGUGAACGUGGACAUGGACUUGGCGCCCGUGAUGGACGUCGACACCAACCCGCUGAACCCGGUGAUUGGCAGCCGCAGCUUUGGCACGUCGCCGGAGGUGGUGUCAGAAAUGGGGUACGCGGUCAUCCGGGGCCUGCAGCAGGAAGGGGUGGCCGCGUGUGCCAAACACUUCCCGGGCCAUGGCGAUACUGAACAAGACAGUCAUCUCAGCCUGCCGCACGUGCACCACGACCGGGAGAGGCUCGAACGCGUUGAGCUGCCGCCCUUCGCGGCCGCCAUCAGCGCUGACGUGGCGUCCAUCUUGGUUGCCCACGUGGCCGUCCCCGCCCUCGCGGCCGCCCCCUCCGAGGCCGCGCUGCCCGCGUCCCUGAGCCGCGGCGCGCUGCAUUACCUGCGGCACACGCUGCACUUCGACGGCGUCAUCGCCACGGACUGCCUCGAGAUGGGCGCCAUCGCGCAAUCGUACGGCAUCGCGGAGGCGGCCGCGGCGGGCCUUGCCGCGGGGUGCGACAUGUUCCUGGUAUGCCACACGGAGGAGAAACAGGUGGCCGCGAUCGAGGGGAUUGCGGCGGCCGUAGAGGCGGGGCAUGUGCCCCUGAAGCGGCUGCGGGAAGCGCAGUGGCGGAUCGGACAGCUGGCGAGCACUUACUGCCGGCCCGCGCCGUCGCUGAGCGACCCCGUGGAGACGGCGUACCGGGAAGCGCUGGUAGGCAGCGUCGGAAGCAGGGCACACAAAGAGGCGAUCGCGGAGAUUGUGAAGCAGGCGCAGGAGAGGACGCAGGGGGAAGGGGGGAGGACGGAAUCUGGAGAUGAUAUAGCGCCGGAAGAUGAUCUCGUGAAACAGAGUGGAACUUAGAAAGGUGUACAGACAUUGCCUUAGGUGUGAGAACGUGAUCGAAGUAAACGUGCAACCCUGGAAAUUUUGGUUCAAAAAGCUCGUUUGAAUCUGCGUAGUCGUACUUGAUUUGAUUUUCAUGCAGGAGUCUCAUGCAGUACGACUACAAUACAACCAAUUCUACAAUGAGUCAGCGCCCGGCCAAGUGCAGAAG